ACAUGAAAAAAAAACGAAAAUAUAUAUAUAUAUACGAAGUCAAAAUUACUUGUGUCAGUUUGGCUAGUGUGAAAAUAGGGGAAAACUCGGAUACAUAUUUAGCUGGCGUGCACGGAAAGAUUACCUGAAAAGCAGUCAAAAUAAACAUAUUUCUCGAGACAAUCAGCCAAUUGGCUGCACUUGUAAUCAACACCGACAAUAUGCAGCUGCUAAUUUCGAGUGUUUGCAUGGCGUUGACCAGUGCCGUUAUUGGCAACGCCUAUUACCAGAAGCAGCAGUUCUACCCGGCAGUUGUAUACAUCACCAAAUCCAAUGCGUCCAUGGCAGUAAUCUACAUACAGUUCUUUGUGAUAGUAUUUAUGUUUGGCAAACUGUUGCGCAAGAUAUUCCUAGGCACACUACGUGCCGCCGAGUUCGAGCACCUGCUCGAACGCUUCUGGUAUGCGUUGACGGAGACCUGUUUGGCCUUUACAGUCUUUCGAGACGAUUUCAAUCCGCGCUUUGUAGCACUUUUUACAGUGCUACUAUUUCUUAAAUCAUUCCACUGGCUGGCCGAAGAGCGAGUUGAUUUCAUGGAACGCUCUCCGGUGCUGGGCUGGCUGUUUCACAUACGCGUGGGAAGCUUGUUAACCAUGCUUGGCGUACUCGACUAUGUGCUACUCAUGCAUGCCUACAACUCUACACUGGUGCGUGGACCCACUGUGCAGCUGGUCUUUGGCUUUGAAUACGCCAUUCUGCUGACGGUGAUUGCUAGCACGGCAAUUAAGUAUGUGCUGCAUGCAGCCGAGAUGCGCACGGAUACGCCGUGGGAAAACAAGGCAGUCUUUCUAUUAUAUACCGAAUUGGUUAUUGGACUCAUCAAGGUUGUGUUAUAUCUGCUCUUUGUCGUCAUAAUGGCCAAGAUCUAUGCUCUACCAAUGUUCGUCUUCCGGCCCAUGUUCUUCACCAUACGUAACUUCCGCAAAGCAUUCAAUGAUGUCAUCAUGUCAAGACGUGCUAUACGCAAUAUGAACACGCUGUAUCCAGAUGCAACUCCUGAAGAGUUGCGCCAGUCGGACAACAUAUGCAUCAUUUGCCGCGAGGAUAUGGUUAAUCAUGCAAAGAAGCUGCCUUGCGGUCACAUUUUCCACACAACCUGUUUGCGUUCCUGGUUCCAGCGUCAGCAGACAUGUCCAACAUGUCGUCUGAAUAUAUUACGCGCACCUGCAGUCAAUUCGGCAGCACUUCAGCGACCCGUCGACGAAGCAGCCAAUCCAGCCGCCCCCGUAGUUGCCCAACCAGCAGCCGCUGCUGCUGGCGUUAACAACAUCCCGGGUGCUACUGCAGCACCUCCAACUGCGGGAGCUGGAACUGAUUUACCAAUGUCAGUUCCUAAUCCGAUGGGUCAAUUGCCACGUAAUGGUGUAGCACCCACAUUUGCAGAUAUAUUCGGUGAUGCAAAUGCGCUGCCAAAUCUCGCCGGCAUGCCACCGCCACCUAUGCUAUCACCGUUUAUGAUGCAGCCACCCUUUCCGUACUUCUCGCCACCAAGCGUGCCGCCGCCACCUAUGCCGUUGGAUAUAGAUAGGUUUAGCGACGAGGAGCUGCUUGCCAUGGAGGGGACUCAACGCAAACACAUCGAAGAACGUCUAAAGAUGCUGCGCAACAUUAUGCUAAUGUUGGACUCGAGCACCAUUCUAAUGCAGCAAUACCAAAGUAUGAUGGCGCGUCUUCCGCAGCCCACAGAAGCAAAACCAACGUCAAAUGUAAUUACAGCAGACGAAAAGGCAAGCGCGUUGCUAGCCGCGUCAGCCACAACAGCUAGCAGUUCAAUACCAACGGCAUAUGAUAAGCCAACAACGUCACGAGCAGCAUCAGAGACGAGUCUGCAAGGGGCCCAGCAAGUCAAAAGGGCAACUGCAGAGAAAGUAAUUAUUGAGGAUUUAGGAGCUGAGGAAGAUGCAGAUUUACCCAUAACAGCAACGAUUACAAAGACAGAACUAGAGGAAAAAAUAGUAGCAGGAGCGGAUGCUGAUGAUGUUGAGGAAAGUUCCGAGUUAAGUGAAUUGCGCAUGCGACGCUUGAAAUAUCUGCAAGAGCGUAAUCAUUCACCAACAGAUCGGGAUUAGAUCUUGAGGAACUGAAUUUAAUAAGCAGCAGCUUUCAGGCCCAUUUCGCCACACGCCGUCAUCUGCGCACUCAUUUUCGAUAUGUAUUCUAUGAAUGGAUAUUGAUUGUUUUAAUUUUAUGACAUUUCUCACAUUAAACAGAAAUCUUUGUUAAUUAGGCGAUAUUGUAACUGCAGUGAUGUCCAUUGGGUGUACGCUACUGCACUUAGUGCAACUGAUAUGAAGGAUCUGAUUUACUGCGUGGCGGGCUUAUUUUUCAAUAUAUCGCAAAAUAUAUUGUGUAAAAAAACUAAUUUAGAGAUGGGG